CUGAAAGCGUCAAGUUAAAUAAAACAAAAAAAAAACCCAGAAAUUCCAACCAAAAAAAGACAAAAAUUAAAACUAUGGCUGGAAUUUCAAAACUGUUUUGCUGGGAGUGGGCAGUGGAAGCAUUUCCAGCAAAUGCUAAAUUUGGCAAAAAGGGUGGGGGAAAAAGAAUCAGGACUGAGGUCAUAAAUAUUUUAAAGCAACUUUUUUUGAACGGAAAUUUAAACCCCAAGGACAAAAUGACGGCCAAGGAGAUGCGUGAGGAACUGUUAAGGUUUGUGCGUGCUGGAGAAAUUGAAGAGCAUCAUGUACCUCAACUAAACACAAUCCAAAGUUGGAUUGGCCGAUAUGCAAAGGAGUUUAAUCGAGAAGAAACAGCCAUUGUUCUCGAAACCUUUAAAGAAAUGGGCUCUUCCUCAUUA